GUUCCGUUCCGUCCCGUUUACUCCUCCCCUCCCCUCCCCUCCCAUCCUCUCUCUCUCUCUCCUUCCGCGCCUCCCUUCCCCUCCCCCGCGGCCGGCGACCGGCCGACCCCUCGCCUGCCGGCCACCGCCGCCGCCGGUGGGGCCCACUGCCCUGCGCUCCUCCCAUUGCUGGCCUGGCCGGCCCUCCACACCGCCUCUGUCCGGCGUCGCGCGGGAAACCAACCAACCAACCACCCCCCCAACGAGAGAGAGAGAGAGAGGGAGGGAACAAGGAGGAGGCCGCCUCCUCCUCCUGGCGCCUCGGAUCCCCGGCCUCUCCCGCGCGCCGGGGACCUCCGGAGGGGAAUGUGGGACCCGUGCCGCCGGGGAUUUCUCUAGAGGCUUCUCCGACCCACCGCCCAGCGACGCGACAUGGUGGAGGGUAGGAGCUAUCUCCCUGCAGAGGUCAGGAACGGCCUCGAGACCCUGAAGCGGAGGAGGCUCGAGAGAAUGCGUUUGAGUGCUCAGAAUGAAGUGGGCGACAAUCCUGCGGUGGCUGCAAGAAGCGGUGGUGAUGCCUUGCGGAGCCCCGCUAACUGCGGGGUCAGAUUGCAUUCCAACAACAGUACAGGUUUACCUGGAAAUGUCCAGACCAAGGAUCCUUUUGCAAAGCGCAAUGUGGAGAAGUUUGAUAUGUCCAACCUUGAGUGGAUAGGCAAGAUACCAGAGUGCCCUGUGUAUUGUCCCACCAAGGAGGAAUUUGAGGAUCCCAUUGCUUAUAUACAGAAGAUUUCACCCGAGGCUGCUAAAUAUGGCAUUUGUAAAAUCGUCUCUCCUGUAUGUGCAUCUGUUCCUGCCGGUGUUGUGCUGAUGAAGGAACAGCCCAGUUUUAAGUUCAUGACUAGAGUUCAGCCCCUUCGUCUUGCUGAAUGGGCUGAGGAUGAUACGGUCACUUUCUUCAUGAGUGGAAGAAAGUACACCUUCCGGGACUAUGAGAAAAUGGCGAACAAAGUGUUCUCUAAGAAAUAUUCCAGCUCUAGUUGUCUCCCAGCUAGGUAUGUGGAGGAGGAGUUCUGGCGUGAAAUUGCUUUUGGCAAGAUGGAUUUUGUAGAAUAUGCUUGUGAUGUUGAUGGGAGUGCCUUCUCUUCUUCUCCUCAUGAUCAACUUGGGAAAAGCAACUGGAACCUCAAGAAUUUUUCACGGCUCCCCAAUUCUGUCCUAAGACUUCUUCAAACACCAAUUCCAGGAGUGACAGAUCCAAUGCUUUAUAUUGGGAUGCUCUUCAGCAUGUUUGCAUGGCAUGUGGAAGACCAUUAUUUGUACAGCAUCAAUUACCAUCACUGUGGGGCAUUUAAGACAUGGUAUGGGAUACCAGGCGAUGCGGCUCCUGGGUUUGAAAGGGUUGCUAGCCAGUACGUAUAUAACAAGGACAUUUUGGUUGGUGAUGGAGAGGAUGCAGCAUUUGAUGUCCUACUGGGGAAGACAACAAUGUUCCCUCCAAAUGUCUUGCUAGAUCACAAUGUUCCUGUCUAUAAAGCUGUACAAAGACCUGGAGAGUUUGUUAUUACUUUUCCUCGUUCAUACCACGCAGGCUUCAGUCAUGGCUUUAAUUGUGGAGAGGCUGUUAAUUUUGCUAUUGGCGAUUGGUUUCCUCUCGGUUCUCUAGCUAGCAAGCGCUACGCACUUCUGAACAGAACUCCAUUGCUUGCACAUGAGGAGCUACUUUGUCGUUCUGCUGUGCUUCUCUCCCAAAAGCUGUUGAACUGUGAUCCAAGAUCCUUGGACAAGUUGGACCAUCCAUAUUCCCAGUAUUGUGUGAAAUCCUGCUUUGUGCGGUUGAUACGAUUCCAGCGACGUGCACGUGGCCUACUUGCUAAAAUGGGUUCUCAAAUAUGCUAUUUGCCAAAGACAUUCCCAAAUCUGUCCUGUAGCAUGUGCCGGCGUGAUUGCUAUAUCACACAUGUGUUGUGUGGAUGUAACCUUGAUCCGGUCUGCCUACAUCAUGAACAAGAACUGCGGAGCUGCCCUUGUGAGUCCAAUCGUGUUGUCUAUGUUAGAGAGGACAUACUGGAGCUAGAGGCUCUAUCAAGAAAAUUUGAGGAGGAUGUCUGCUUAUCUAAGGAAAGAAGUUGCAUUGGCUCAUGUAAGGAGGCUGAGAUCUCUGAUACUAAUGUUGAACGAGUCCCAAAUCUUGGGAUUACUGUGGAUUUUGGUAAUAGUAAAGCUGGUAGCUCAGGCUUUAUGACAGUUGAUGGGGGAAACAGUUCUGCUGCAGUAUCAAUUUUGACAUCUUCUGCGCAUCACAAGGCACCCAAGCAUUCAGAAGCAAGGGCAAUAAAUACAUCAAUGACCAAAGGAACUUACACUGUGGAUGAGAGUUCAUCCGGCAUGGAUGAUGCUUGUAAUGAACAUGGUUCAUGUAAUGCUUCCGCCAUGGAAUGCAGUGAUAAUUCCGAUUCCGAGUCUGAAAUUUUCCGAGUCAAGCGCAGGUCCACCUCAUUUGACAAACCUACUUCUGAAACAAAGACGUCAACCUUGUCUGAACAGCAGGUUCUGAGGCGACUGAAGAAGGUACAUCCUGAAGUACAGCAGGCCAGUAAGCGUCCAGAAGAAUAUGAUAAUGGCUCAGUUCACUCUGCCCGUAUGAGCCAGAAGAGCUCAAAUCCUGCCUCCUCUGAUGAUGAAAGAGAGGACAAGGUUCCCAUUUCUUGGAGGAUAAAGCGGCGACAAUUGGAAACCCAGCACAAUGUUACAAGUCCUGGUGUGAGACUGCAGUCAAAUCUGGCUUCCAGUGGUGGUUCUCGAGAAGAGACUGCAGAAAGAACCAGAGAUGCUGCAGCAGAGCUCCGUCCAAAACGAGUGAAAAUCCGGCUACCUUCUAGUGCCAGUAGGCAGAUUGAGCAGCAGGGCAGUUCGGGGCAGAGAUUUGCAAGGGAGGACAAGUUGUCGCUUGGUUUUCCACGUACAUUUUAGGGAAUCACAGGUGCUAACCUCUACUGAGCAGACGAAUUCUUUGUUUAGUUGCAUUGUUAACUACAAAACGAGGUGACAGAAGAGAGGGAUCAGGUGGUGAUUGUGGGCAAAGCUGAUUUGAUUAGCACAGGGGCAGCAGACUGACUUUAGAAUUGGCAGCAAAGGAAGUGGCUGGCUAAUCGAUUCUUUUGUGCAGCAGGGCCUCCAAUUUGAGGCCUCUGGGGGCACGCUUAGAAGACACACACGUGACAAUAUUCUUGUUGCUGGAGGUUCCGUGUCACUGCCGGUGGCUCUUUGAUGCCUGGCUGUCAGUGGCAGAAAAUUAAAGAGAACCUCGCUACUUUGAUUUAUCUGCAAGUGUUUAGAGCAUGUAGCUAGCUUAGCUGUAUAUCUCUCUCACUUUGCCUACGGCCUUUCCUUUUUUUUUUUCUUUUGUAAUUUCCUGUAAACAGGCGUAGCUGCUACACUAUGGCUAACUCUAUUCUUUUGUUGGUUUAGCCUGGCGCUGGUUAACGUUCAA